AUGGACGACGCUAAUGCUAACGAUGCUGCAGUUAGCGUAAGUGAAAUCAAAGAAAUUCGUACUGGCAAGUCAACGGACACAUUCAAGUCUUCAAAUGUAAAGAAAGUCAAUGCUAACCACUGUUUUUCACUGGUCAUUGGUAACAACAAUGAAACAACUGACUUAGUGGCAUUAUCAGAAGAAGAGGCUAUGCAAUGGUUACUUUCUUUAAUCAUUUUGUGUACAUGGAUACGAGACUUUUUUCAAAAAGCUGAUAGGAAUGGUGAUGGGUCGCUUGAUUUUGAAGAAAUUUGCAAACUCUUGAAAGAUAUGAAUCUCAAAGUUGACAAAAGACAUGUUAGAAGAAUCUUUAAGGCAGCUGACACUCGUGUUGGUACCAAGGCUAGUGGAGAAUCAGCGGUCAAUGAACUUGAUGUUGAGGAGUUUGUUACAUUUUAUCAUAAAAUCACAGCCAGAGAUGAGAUUGUUUCUCUAUUUUACAAAUAUUCCGGUGACGAUGACUACUGGGAAGUAGAUGAGUUUUUAACAUUUAUGCAACAUGAACAGAAGCGUCAUGAACUGCACUCUAAGUGGUGUGAGAAAGUAAUUUUGAAGUAUGAACAGACACCAGAAUUGAUUGCCAAUGAGGUGAUGAGUCUAGAUGCCUUCAUUUUGUUCAUGCUUGGUCCCAAUGGUAUGAUAAUGAAUCCGUAUCAUGACUGUGUUUAUCAGGACAUGACACAACCCUUGUCACAUUAUUUUAUAGCCUCAUCACACAAUACAUAUCUUCUAGAGGAUCAGUUGAAAGGACCUAGCAGUACAGAGGCGUAUAUCAGAGCAUUACAGCUAGGAUGUAGAUGUGUUGAAUUGGAUUGUUGGGAUGGUUCUGAUGGAGAGCCAAUCAUUUAUCACGGUCAUACACUGACAUCAAAAAUCAAGUUCAAGGAUGUGAUUGAUGUCAUCAACAGAUAUGCAUUUGAAGUGUCUGAAUAUCCUGUUAUUGUAUCUAUUGAAAAUCAUUGUUCAGUUGAACAACAAAAGAAAAUGGCAUACUUUAUGGGCAAGAUUUUUGGCAAGAAUCUGUACAUGAGACCAGUGACACCAGAUAUGAAAGCAUUGCCAUCACCAGAACAGUUAAAACAUAAGAUUAUUAUUAAGGGUAAGAAAUUGAAAGCUGAUGCAAGUGAUGGUAAUGUCAGUGAUGAAGAUGAAGCUGCUGAUCUGGAUGAUGAAGAAGUUAAAAAACAGAAAGAAAAGAAAAAAGUAG